AUGGAUCUAGACGUGUUCAUGAUGUUCUCGUCAAUCGCGGGGGUUCUGGGCAUGCCUGGUCUAGGGAACUACGCAGCCGCAAACGCCUUUCUUGAUGCGCUAGCUCAUCAACGUCGCGCCCAGAACCUGCCGGCCACCUCAGUGGCAUACGGAGUCUGGGAGGGAGAGGGCAUGGCGGCUGGGCUGACGGGUAGGACGACAUUGACUCACCUUGCCAAAUUCGGUCUCGAUCCGUUGAAGCCCGAAGAGGGCCUGAAGUUAUUGGAGCAGACCAUUCGCGGUGGCCGGGCGCUCACCGUGGCCGCGGCCCUUGACCCAGAACGACUCCGGAUUUACCUGAAAAAUGAGCAUGCAGAGAGGGGCGGCAUACCAUCGUUCUAUAGCAAGCUGUUAAGUGAACAGGAAAGGAACGGAAGCUGUAACGAGCCGAGAAACAGCGGGCGAGCUGGGAACCUGCGCACGAAGUUGAGCAAAGCGCCUGCGGGGCAGCACGAAGCCAUUGUGCUGGCCAUGGUUCGAGAAACAGUAGCCAAAGCACUAGGAUUCACGUCAGCUGGCCAGGUUGAUGUGGAUAUACCCUUACAGGAUAUCGGUUUUGAUUCAUUAACGGCCGUUCUGUUGCGCAACCGGUUGUCCGCGCUGACUAGCCUCAAAACUCUGUCUGCUGGGAGCAUCACAUGGCAGUAUCCAAACCUGAGAUCCCUUAGCCACUUCCUGCUGUCUCAGAUACAGUCAGAGGCACAAGCACAGAGCAAGCAAAGCUGCUCGGUAUCGGAUCAUACUCGGAAGCAGUCGGUAAACAGCACAACGUAUACUAUGGAAGCGGCCCGGAAAGGUCAUCUCGAUCCUGAUAUUGCCUUUGAUAAUAUAGAAGAAGCUCAACGUCCAAGGUCUGUCUUCGUCACAGGUGCUACUGGCUUUGUCGGUGCUUUCAUUCUGCGCGAGCUCCUCGAGUUGGGUAUCGCCGCCCACUGUUUGGUACGUGCCGAGGGUGUCAAACACGGCCAGCAGCGGUUGGUAGAGUCGCUCGCCAGCUACGACCUCUGGAAGCACGACUAUGCGCCACUACUCACCCCGGUUGUUGGCGAUGCAGCAAAGCCUUUGUUUGGUUUGACCAACGUGGCUUUUGAUGACCUGGCCAACCGUGUCGAUGCUAUUUGCCAUUCAGGCGCCCUAGUCGACUGGUUGCGGCCCCUGAAUGAUUAUAUCGGCCCUAACGUCAUCAGCACGCAUGAGGUCUUGCGCCUAGCCUCACGUGGCCGUGGAAAGGCAGUCCAUGUUAUAAGUACUCUCGCAACCUUGCCCAUGCAUAUGGGCUAUGAUGUUCCCGAGCACGAUCGAGAAUACGGUUACUCCACCUCCAAAUACAUUGCAGAGCGCAUGGUGGCCGCGGCACGAUGGCGCGGAGCCAGGGCCUCUGUGUACCGUGUGCCCUUUGUCGCUGCCUCAGCCGCGACCGGUCACUUCCGAGUCGACCGGGGCGAUUUUUUACACAACUUGAUUGCUGGGAGCAUCCAGAUGGGAAGUUUUCCCUCCUUGGACGCCGAUCUUUCGGUUGUGCAACCCGUCGAUUACCUGAGCAAAACCGUUGUUGCCAUCAUGGUCCACGACCGGUCCCGGAUUGGACAUGACUUCGAUUUUGUCAACAAGCAUGCGGUGAGCUGCAACCAUUUCUUCCAGCUCAUGGGUGGUGAUGACGCGGGUACGCUCCUACCCUUCCACGAAUGGCAGCUGAGAGCAUUGGCGUACGCUGCCGCGCAUCCGAAGAGCGCAUUGGCCCGCAUUGGUACCAUAAUUGACGGCCUCGCCGAUGAAAGUGCCCUUGCUGCGAUGCUCAAAGGCCUACCUACCGGUGAGCACGUACUGGGCGGCGACGUCUAUCCCGCACCACUGGUCGAUGAACAACUUGCCCGUCAUUAUCGAGACCGGAUUGAUAUGUUCAAUUCCGAUGGGCCAAUCUCAAGCUUGGAGCCGGGAAAGAUGGAGUGA